CCAAAAAGAUCUAGUAUUUCGACUCGAGGAAAUAAGAAACGAAAAACCGUUUCCAAACUUACAUUUGGGCAAGAAGAAGAAAUUCGCGAAGCUUUUAAUUUAUUUGAUACAAACGGAACUGGUGUCAUUGAAAUAAAAGAAUUAAAAGUAGCAGUUCAGGCACUUGGUUUUGAACCUAAAGAGGAAGAUAUAAAAUGGUUUAUAAACGAAGCCAAUCAACAUGAAAGGAAGAUAACUUUUAAGAAUUUAAAACGCGUCACUAAAGAGUUAGGUGAAGAAAUUACUGAUGAACAACUACGAGAAAUGAUUGAAGAAGCCGAUCUGAAUGGCGACGGAGGAGUUGAUCAAGAUGAAUUUAUUCGUCUUCUUACAAAGACAAACUUAUAUAGUUAA